UGGACCUGGACCUGGACCUGGACCUGGACCUGCAUCCAGCUGUGUGUCCUUCAAGAGUGACUGGUCUAAGGAACAACCUAUUGAAUUUAAAGGAGAACCAGGUCCUGCUGCAGAGGGAGUGGAGCAGCAGAACUCAGAGGUUCCCAGAGCUCAGUCUGUCCAGCAGCAUCCCCUGGACUCCAUAUUCAUGCUGCUGGAGGACAACAUGGUGACUUUUGUGAAGAAGGAGCUGAAGAAGAUGCAGAAGCUUGUGAGUCCAGAUUACCCAGAAUGCUCAGAGAGUCAGAGGGAGGAUGAGGAGGAGUUGGAGGGUGGUGAUGAAGAUGAGAGGAGCAGCAGAGAGAUGUUUGAGCAGAUCACAGUGUUGUUCCUGAGGAGGAUGAAGCAGGAGAAGCUGGCUGACUGUCUGCAGAGCAAACUUGCUGCUGGAGUUUGUGGACGUGAACUUAAAUGUGGUCUGAAGAAGAAGUUCCAGAGAGUGUUUGAGGGCAUCGCUAAAGCAGGACAGAAGACCCUCCUGAAUGAGAUCUACACAGAGCUGUACAUCACAGAGGGAGGGACUGCAGAGGUCAAUGAUGAACAUGAGGUCAGACAGAUUGAAGCAGCAUCCAGGAAAGCAGACAGAGCAGAAAGAAGCAUCAGAGCAGAAGACAUCCUUAAAGGCUCACCUGGAAGAGAUGGACCAAUCAGAACAGUGAUGACAAAGGGAGUGGCUGGCAUCGGGAAAACAGUGUUAACACAGAAGGUGACUCUGGACUGGGCUGAAGACAAAAGCAACCAGGACAUCCAUUUCAUGUUUCCACUGACUUUCAGAGAGCUGAAUGUGCUGAAAGAGAGAAAGUUCAGCUUGAUGGAACUUGUUCAUCACUUCUUCAGUGAAACCAAAGCAGCAGGAAUCUGCAGCUUUGAAUACUUCCAGGUUGUGUUGAUCUUUGAUGGUCUGGAUGAGUGUCGCCUUCCUCUGGACUUCCACAACAAUGAGGUCCUGACUGAUGUUAGAGAGUCCACCUCAGUGGAUGUGCUGCUGACAAACCUGAUCAGGGGAAGCUGCUUCCCUCUGCUCGCCUCUGGAUAACCACACGACCUGCA